CGACUCCCGGGUGAAGUGUGGUGGUGGCAGACCAUUGAAUUCCCUGGAGCUUCCCGAGGCAAGAGAGUGGAGGGCAGCCACACGCCUGCAGCCUGCAGCAUGCCAGCACUGUCCACAGGAUCUGCUGGCGACAUGGGUCUGUAUGAGCUGUUGGCUACUCUGCCCGCCCAGCUGCGGCCACAUGUGGAUAGCCAGGAGGACCUGACCUUCCUCUGGGACAUGUUUGGUGAAAAGAGUCUACAUUCACUGGUCAAGAUUCAUGAAAAACUUCACUACUAUGAGAAGCAGAGCCCGGUGCCCAUUCUCCAUGGUGCAGCAGCCUUGGCUGAUGAUCUGGCUGAAGAGCUACAGAACAAGCCGCUAAACAGUGAGGUCAGAGAGCUGCUGAAACUGCUGUCAAAACCCAACGUGAAGGCUUUGUUGUCAGUACAUGAUACUGUGGCUCAAAAGAGUUACGAUCCUGUAUUGCCUCCUAUGCCUGAUGAUAUCGAUGAUGAGGAAGACUCAGUGAAAAUAAUCCGCCUGGUCAAGAACAGAGAACCCCUGGGUGCUACCAUUAAGAAAGACGAACAGACAGGGGCAAUCAUUGUGGCCCGGAUCAUGCGGGGAGGAGCUGCAGAUAGAAGUGGUCUUAUUCAUGUGGGUGACGAGCUGAGAGAAGUGAAUGGGAUCCCAGUGGAAGACAAGAGGCCUGAGGAAAUCAUACAGAUUUUGAGUCAGUCCCAGGGAGCAAUUACAUUUAAGAUAAUACCCAGCACCAAAGAGGAGACAGCUUCCAAGGAAGGCAAGGUGUUUAUCAAAGCCCUUUUUGACUAUGACCCAAAGGAGGACAAGGCUAUCCCUUGUAAGGAGGCGGGGCUGUCUUUCCGAAAGGGAGACAUUCUUCAAAUCAUGAGCCAAGAUGAUGUGACAUGGUGGCAGGCAAAGCAUGAGGGCGAUGCCAACCCCAGAGCAGGACUGAUUCCCUCCAAGCACUUCCAGGAACGGAGAUUGGCUCUGAGACGACCAGAAAUAGUAGUCCAGCCUCUGAAACUUUCCAACAGGAAAUCAUCUGGUUUUCGAAGAAGUUUCCGUCUUAGCAGGAAAGAUAAGAAAACAAACAAGUCUAUGUAUGAAUGCAAAAAGAGUGACCAGUACGACACAGCAGACGUGCCCACGUAUGAAGAAGUGAUGCCGUAUCGGCGGCAGGCUCAUGAGAAAUACAGGCUUGUUGUCCUGGUUGGUCCUGUCGGGGUCGGGCUGAACGAGCUGAAGCGGAAGCUGUUGAUCAGUGACACACAGCACUAUGGUGUGACAGUGCCCCACACCACUAGAGCAAGAAGAAGCCAAGAGAGUGAUGGUGUGGAAUAUAUUUUUAUUUCCAAGCAUUUGUUUGAGACAGAUGUUCAAAAUAACAAGUUCAUUGAAUAUGGUGAAUAUAAAAACAACUACUAUGGUACAAGUAUAGACUCAGUUCGUUCUGUCCUAGCUAAGAACAAAGUUUGUCUGCUGGAUGUCCAGCCUCAUACAGUGAAGCACUUAAGGACCCUGGAGUUCAAACCCUACGUGAUAUUUAUAAAACCUCCAUCCAUAGAGCGUUUGAGAGAGACGAGGAAAAAUGCAAAGAUUAUUUCAAGCAGAGAUGACCAAGGGACCGCAAAGCCCUUCACGGAAGAAGACUUUCAAGAAAUGAUUAAAUCAGCACAGAUAAUGGAAAGUCAAUAUGGCCAUCUUUUUGACAAAAUCAUAAUAAAUGAUGAUCUCACUGUGGCAUUUAAUGAGCUAAAAACAACAUUUGACAAACUAGAGACUGAUACCCAUUGGGUGCCCGUGAGCUGGUUGCAUUCAUAACUCAGGAAAAUGUCCUUAAUUGUCUUUUUUACAGAGUGCAUGGUUAGGUCAGCUACCAUAUUUUUGGUAGGAUUUUUAAAAAUGUAUAUCACUGUCAUAGAUGUAAAGUCUUCAUAAAAGUUUAAUGUUGUUUUGGUUAUAUCUUUUAUAGCCUUAUUUGAAGCAUAUGACUGUAAAAUCUGAAAAGUCAAAAUCUGCACUGUGCUAUAUUCUUAGCAAAACUUUGAAUUUCCUGGUUAUCUUUAGUUCUGCCUGUGUUGUGAGGGGCAGUGUAUAUCAGAGUUCAUGCCUCCCCUGUGCUCACUGCCCUUCACUUUGCAUGCUUGCAGUUGACAGCAUGGAGUACAUAUCAGGAAUGUUGCAGAUAAUUCUAUAAAGGAAAAUCAGAUAUUUUAUUAAGUUGAAGAUCUACACUGGCCUUGAACUCAACCCUCCUUUGCCUCAGCCUCCCAAUUAACAGGCCUGGAAAUAGAUUUAAAUAAUUAUUAUAGAUGUAGACAAAACCCUUUCCUCGUGGUUUAGUAAGAAUGGUGGUGUCUUAGGGCAAGCAGUGAUCACAAAGCACUUUUUUAAUCUGUUACUUUUCAGAAGACAUUGCUGGAGUCAAAAUGUUUUCUUCUCUUGCUUUGCAACUUCUUGAGUUACAAGAAUGAGAUGAGUAUUCUCAAAUGUAUAACACACAUGUUAGAGUACAGUUAAGGAAAAAGUGAUCAUGUUUUUGUAUUGUGCAAUCACCACACAUUUAAAUUGUGCUGGUGUGUGUUUUAGAAACCUUAGAUUGUGUUAAGUUCUUUGUCACCAAAAUGAUUGACAUUGGCCAGAUUCCAUCUUAACCUAUUCUGAAGGAAGAUGGAUUUUUAAAUGUUUAGAUGAUUUUUCUCCUUUUUUUUUUUUUUUUUUUUUGAUGCUAUGGGUCUCCAGCAAGUCAAUAAUUCACAAUAUUACAAAUGUUCAGAGAGCUCUUGUGAAUAGUGUGAUUCAGCCAAUGGAAAAAUCAUCACAUCUAAGACUUUCAUACAAAAAUUAUUUUUGUUGCUUUGUAUAGAGUUUAAACAUCAUGUUUAAAGAAAAAUAAAAUGUAGGGAAAUUUUUUAUAUUUGUGAAAUAUUUGAAGGGCAUAUUUUUUUAGUUAUCAAAUAAGGCUAUUCAUAAAAUAAACUUGUAUGUAAAGAUAUAAUUUAAAGUAGUAGUUUUAUAAACAAGGUCAACAUUCCAUGUAAAUAUUUGACCUUUUAGCAGAUAGGCCCACAUGCAUGUUACUUGUUCACUGCUGUUUGGUAGUCUCCAUUGCUAGCUUUCCUUAAGACAUGUCAAAUUACUGUGAGAAGCAGAAACAGAAACUGUUCUAGUGACCUCAUUAUUCAUUCACACCCAGCAGCCAGAUCAUUGGACUAAUGAACAAUCUUUGUAAGUUCUGUGUUUAUGAAUUAAAAAGUCAUGCAGUUUAAACACAGAUAGGAUGGCUAGCAUAUUCCUAUUCUGAAACCAAUGACCUGUGUAGCCUGUCUAGAAGCACAAGUCUUAAGUAGUUGGUUUAGGUGGAAUAGUCCAUCCCUUGGGCAAUGCCUGAACUUCUCAUAAAGCAAGUUUCUAUACCAAGAAUAAUGAGGAAUGUAUACCAGCAUAGGACAGUCUGUGAAUACUUUAGGUAGCCCAUGUUCCUUACUCUGAGAUAUCUUUGUUGACUGUUUUUCUUCAUCUGGGGAUUGUUGUCUCUAUUCUUAUUUUGGGGUAGAGCUUGUAUAGUACAGUGGAAUUUUUGAGUCCUUAUAGGUGGUAGGGGUGAUGAAAUGUUAUGAAAAUAUAAAUGUCUGCACCUUUUAGACCAGAAACAAACAGUAUUUCUUUUAAAAGAAUGGAAAUAAAAGCAGCUUAAGGUGACAUGUAGCCUUAAUGUUCUUAGAUGCUUACAAAGAGAUUGAAUUAAACUGUAAUAAGCCAGGCCAACAAAGAACUAUUUGUUGAUACCUGCAGCAAGAGGCCUGUCUCUGCUCUCUGACCUCAGUGCUCCUCCUAGCACCAAGGAGAAGAACUCUUUGUUCCUAGCUUCCAGCAGCCUGUUCCUGGGAUGGAGUGUCAGCCACUAUUGGGGAGAAAAGCUGUGUUUCAGUGUUUGUCUGUACAGUUAGAACUGAACUUAGUGUGGAAUGCUGUUUUCCUUGUCCACCUCCCAGUUAGAGUGGCCUGAAAGUAAAGAGAUAAAAUUGAAACAAUAACCAUGUUCUCCCCGAGUAAUAUGGAAACUUGGUGUCCAUAAGGCUGACAUCCCUGGUACUAUAAUCAUUGAGUGUACCUAAGCUGUAGUAAUUUAAAAUGAGAAAACAUGUAAACUCAGAUUUACAAAACUAUGGAGUCAAAAUGUCCCUAAGAUACAGAUUUUUAUUUAUUUUCCUUUGGUCUACAAUGAAUUUAUAGAUAAAUGUAAUGGAAAGUUUUUUAUCUUAAUAAAGUAUCU